AUGGUUCGAAGGCGUCCGAGCCCGAGCAAGCUGGCCCGAGCAAGUUUUUGUAUGGUUCUUGCUGCCACCGUUACGUCCCACAAAUGCGGGAAACCUCCUAUCCCUCCCAGAGAUAUUGGAAAAAUUGUUGGCGGCACAAUCGCUCGGCCAUACUCAUGGCCAUGGCAGAUAGAGCUCUGCGCUAAAAGACAUAACAGGACGCGCUGCGAACUGCGUUGUGGUGGAACACUCAUUGACAAUGAAUGGGUGAUGAGUGCCGGACACUGCGUAAGACAUUACGAAAACAACACCAAAUUCUUUGGCAUCAAACUUGGCACCUAUGACUUCCGAGACGAUAACGAAGAUGGCGAGGUACUGAGGAAUGUAAUUGAAAUCCAUACUCAUCCAGAGUUCUCACAGCCUCAUCGCUUCUCGCAUGACAUCAGUCUUUUGAGGCUUUCGCAACCCGUGAGCUACACUAAGCAUAUCCAACCGAUCUGCAUCUCAAGGAAGAAGAGGGAGUUAAGCCUCGAGAAAACGGGAAUUGUCACUGGCUGGGGAACAACAAGCGAGGGUGGACCGGUCUCGGAUAAAUUGCGACAAGUGACUGUACCAUUCUUGAGCAGGAAAGAAUGUGAACGUGAAUACAACGGAGAAAUCGACGAUAGCAUGACAUGUGCUGGUAGAAGAGGUGUUGAUAGUUGUCAGGGUGAUUCCGGAGGUCCGCUUGUAGUUAAGCACGAGAAGUCGGAUACAUGGUAUCAGGUUGGUAUUGUAAGCUGGGGAGAAGGAUGCGGCGAGCAAGGACAUGCAGGAGUAUACUCGUGUCCAUCGUUCGGUUGUGACUUCAUCGAGAAGACUAUUGGAAAGCGAAUAUGCGUUGAUUGA